AAAAAUACAAUUUGGCAACAUAAAUUCAAAAGUUUAACUCUAUUUUGGCUUGAUCUAAAAAAUCGAAAAUUGCGUUUCGAAAAAGAUGACACCAACCUGAAGUUGGCUACAGCAGUCCAUAUUUUAAAAUCACCCGCAAUGAGUUAUUACAGUGAAAAGCUUGGUAAUCGUAUUUUGGAACUUCUUAGUCAACCGGUCAUCGAAAGAUGUCCUGAACUUGGUCUGCUUUUUGAUCGUUGCAGUGUUCGUGAAAUGCAAGAACUAUUUCCAAUAAUAGUUAAUUCCAUAUUUGAUAUCCCCAGUGCUGGCAUUGGCUGGGGCUUAAGGUGUACAACCAAAGAGAACUCCCCGCAUGCUUUUGAUAUUCUACAUGAUUUCUUCAUACCACAUGGGCCAAUGUUUCGUCUUUGUUAUCGACUACUCAAUGAUGCUAUCAAAUUUGAAUUCAGUAUGGACUUGCUACCUCAUAAAUUGGGCGAAAUGCUGCAAAGUGGUCAAUAUUCGAUGUUUUACUCCGACAUGCUUAGUGUAGAUCCUUUUCGAAGAUGUGUUACAGCGCUUUCUCUUAACGCAUUCGAUUAUUUCAUUCUUAACUUCGCAAUUCAUGGAACUUUUCCCCUUCAUAAACGUGUUGCUGCAGCUUUGCAAGUACACAACGAGCGAAUGAAGACUAUUUACUUUUUUUUAUCAGCCCAAUAUCUGUGCACAUUCCUUCCUGAGAGUCCCGAUCAGAUUGUGAUGCCUCAAAAUAUAUGUGUGACUGUAAAAGCCCCCCAACCAAUGCCCGUACAACCACUUCAGCCAACACGAUCUCCAAAAUAUCUUAAGAUUCCAAAUGUGUCACCUUAUUCAGCUGCAAACAACCAAGCUGCACGAACGGCAGAAUCACCAAGGACUUAUGCUUGGAGAACAGAAUCUGUAUUACAUUUGUUUGUUGAUUCUUGGCUGCGUUACGAUGUAGAAGAAGCAAGAGAUCUUCCCAGCAGCGAAUUUAUUAGAGUUGUCCGGAUUUUAGUUAAACAAAUGCAUACUUUUGGUAAUUGUGCAUACCUUGAUACCACACCUAUGGCCUCCCUUCGAAAAAUGUCACAGCCGAUGAUGAAGGCAAGAAUAUUUCCAUUUCUUAAAAGCAUCAUUGCUCGCUGGCCCUUAGAUAGUUCACUUUCAGUUGUUUUAGAGCUCUGGCUUAGCUAUAUUCAACCUUGGAGGUAUACUUUCGAGUGGCAAACUUAUAAUCAUGGAAAUGUUGAAAUACCCAUUAGUAGCCGUUUUGACAGCUUUAUUCAAGAUAAUCUUGCAAUCUACACACAGAUCUUCAUUCACAUUCUGCCCCGGUUUGAGCGUUUGGACUUUACGACUUUCAGAAACGUCAUAAUGUUGCAUCGUUUGGUGAAGGUUUUUAGUCAGACUUCGCUUCCUCAAAAAUUAUACAACUAUGAACAAGCAUUUUGUGGAAAUAAUACGCUCGGUAUUAAUCAUCUAAAUUCCACACAAAUAAGUCGUAAUUAUAGAAACCGUCUUGAUAGUUCAGGUGGUAGUGGUGGAGAAUGGGAUAAUUUGUUCGAUGAAGACAACUAUAUUCCAAUGUUUGGACCGGGCAUUCAAUAUGAAAUUGAAAAUUUUAUUAAGUUUGUGAACAUUGCAAAGAUGUAUGUUCAACAAGAAAUUCAAAUGAUUCAAAGUGAUAAAUUGGAGAAACGAAAUAAUAUUGGUUUCUUCGCAAGAACGAUGAAAAGCCUAUUUGAAGACGUAUCAACAACUGAAUUGAAAUUACAGGAAAAAGUCAAGAUUCCCGAUAUCUUGGAUUUGGCAAUGCAAUCUUUAGGUAUAAUGUUUGAUGUAAGUAUUCCGGAAAUUUCAAUGGACCAACUGCUUUCCAAAGAACAAUAUAAUUCGCAUGUCAACUUUUCGCUUUACGAUAAUAGUGAAUAUUUGGAUAUUUCAAAAAUUUCUCCAAUGCAGAUGAGGAACAAUAUUGCCAACAUUAAAACUACAAUUGACCCUGCAUUAUUACCAAUUCAAAGUCAAGAAUGUGCCAUUCUUGUUCGAUUUUUACAUCAAGUUUCUUGCAAGGUUAACGAAAUGUUUUCCGAAGAAAUGCAAAAUAUUUGGAACGGAUCAGAUAUUUGGGGUAGAUUAUCUAGACAAGUCUUGAGUCCUCCUAUGACUGCACAAUGGUUUGACAAGCAAAGAGGUGUAAGCCAGCUAUGUGAAGAUCAACUGCCACCAAGAAUAUGCCUUCGCCCCUUGGCAUCUUACAAAAAUUUGAUAUUUAUAGGAGCGUCGUUAAUUGUUGGACAACUUUUAUGGGGCGCUCCGAGUUAUGGACUCUUAUCUUUGUUUCUUUUGACAACUAUAUACUUAUUUAUAUUAGCUUUUAUUUGAUAUACUCGUACGUUUAUGUUUUUAUAAAGAUAUUGUUUUGAUUUUUUGUAAACGAAAUUUUUGGAAAUUAAAAAAAAAAAAAC